AUGUCCACCGAACUACGUAAGUCCUCUCGUUGUCGUCACAUGUCCGAAAGGGCUAAAGAAUCAAUCUCUUUGACCACUGCGGAUAAGAGACAUUCUAGAACUGAAAUUAAUCAUGCUCCUCGUCCAGUCCAAUCAAAGAUGAGAACCAGAUCCGACCAGAAGAUCAUUACAGACCAUUCUGCUAAGACAAGAACCAGAUCUCGUGGCCUGAAGCGUUCUGCUGGUGAGACUAGCGAUAACAGCAAGGCUAAGACCAAUGCUGCUAAGACCCGCAAGGUUGAGCAAGCCGCCGUUGAACCGGUUGCUGUUGAGCCAGUUGUCGCUGAAACUCCCGCCCAAAGUCCUCAAAUCCUCCAACCAAAAGCCUUGGUCAUCCAGACAGGUGAGAUUGAGUUCGAUGACAACGAUGACGAGCUCUUUCAGAGACCUUUCAUGCUGCGCAGAUCCCACAUGAAGGAGGAAAGGAGGAGAAGACUGUUGGCACUGCGCGAGAUGCAGAUGCUCAAUAGUGUUGAAAGCUCCAUGUCCUCGUCAGAAUCUGAGGUUGAAUUGGAAGACAACAAUGUUUUCGACUAUCGCUCCAACGCUGUAUUUUCCGAUGAUGAGGAGGAGUCGGCGGUGGAGCCAUUGGACUCGCUGCUGAAGCAAUUUUCCACUGCCAACGAGGAAGACGGAAACAUUAUGGCCAUGCCAGUUGCCAGCCCUCUCUCUGACUAUCCUGAAGACUUCAAUUCUGUCCAAUACGGAUACGAAAUGUCAGAUAAAAUUACCAGAUUGCUCAAGGAGAACGACAGAUGGCCAUUGGCACAAUCGGCCAACUCUUCUUCGUUUGACAUCCUCUCUGGAAAGAAAAUUUCUCCUCCAUCGUUUCCAAGCAGGGUCAAUGCCCCGGUGCCUGUCUCGUCAAUUGCUGACCAGCAACAACAAUCCUCAAUGAUUGAGGAUUAUUUUGUCGAGAAUGACCAGGACGAGGUUGAUGAAGACGAUACUCCUUCUUUGGUCUCCGACAAAUCGAGGUCGUCGUCUCCUACUCUGGAGGCCACCUCUGACCUGCUGUUUUCCAGAUACCCUCAUCAAUUGGAGUACAGAUAUCAUGGCCAGGCUAACCUGGCACUUGUUGAUCCCGAACAAAUUGAUUUUGUAAACAACAACCAGCCAAUGCUUCGCAAGGCACUCAACAAGAGGUCUCUCAUCUCCGGCUCUGCCUAUACCCAGCUGGUCGGGUCGAGUGUCAUUGAAAUCAGCGAUUUCCUGCUGUAA